UACCUAGCUUUGUUUGAUCCAGUCAUGAAGGAGCAUCUACAUAAAAUAACUGAUCAUGAAACACAGGUUCAUUGCUUAGGAAAAGAUAUGCAGAAUGAAUUGAUUCAAAUGCUAGCAAAUGCCAUUAGAAAGAAAAUUGUAGAAGCUGCUCAUUCUGCAAAAUACUUUUCAAUAAUACUGGACUGUACACCAGAUGUGAGUCAUGUUGAACAAAUGGCAAUGAUCAUUCGUUUUGUGGAUAUGGAGAAGUCUGCAGAUGACAAUGUUGAAGUGCUCAUAAAGGAACAUUUUUUGGGUUUCGUACCACUGAAGGAGAUGACUGGAGCAUUUAUGACUGAAACUAUUCUACAGGAACUUGAUACAAUGUCAUUAUCUGUUGAAAACUUAUGUGGCCAAGGCUAUGAUAAUGGGAGUAAUAUGAAGGGUAAAGACAAUGGUCUUGGAAACAUUUAUGAUGCCCUAAUUGAAAUUUCUGAUGAUACUACCUUUACUGGAUCAUCUGGCAAUACAGCACGUUCAGACGCAGAAGCUCUUGCAAAUAGCCUUUCCACGUUCAAAUCUGUGACUUCACUCAUUUUGUGGUAUAAUAUCCUUUUAGAGAUUAACCUCACUAGUAAGCAGCUUCAGGAAAAGAACUUGAACAUACAUUCUGCUAUUCAAAAAGUGCAGCAAACUAAAACUAUUCUGGAGGAAUUCAGAAGUGAUGAAGGGUUCGAAAGAACACUGGUAGACUCUCUCGAGCUUGAUGAAGAAAGAGACUUUCCAACAGAAUUUGAAUCGGAGCCAGUUUGCAUUUGGCAAAAGAAGUCGUUUUUGUAUGAAGGAUGAGAUACACCCAUUCAGGACCCAAAACAAAGGUUCAAAGUGAAGUUCUACUUCAUAGUCCUUGGUACUGCUGCUCACUCGGUUGAUGAGAGAUUUCAACAGAUGCAGCAGCUAGAGUCAGUAUCUGGCUUUCUAUAUGAUAUCCACAGC